AUGAUGCGGGGGAUGGAGCGCCACCUUCGUUCAAACAAUGUUGACUUAACUGACACCACCAAAUUGACAGUCCUCUUCCGCCUCAAGACAGGUGUGACUCAAAGUCAAAUCGACACAUGGGCUCAGACUGCCAAAGCAAUGGUGGGAAAGAUUCCUGGUCUUGUCUCUCUUGAAGCGAAUACCCCGUUGCCAAUCUGUGUGCCCCGCGCCAAGGGAUUUGAUAUGGGACUGGUGGCUGUCCUGGAGAAGAAAGAGCACAUCGCUGAAUAUGCUGUGCACCCCGCCCAUCUGGAAGUUCACAAGAUGCGCGAAGAGCUAUGUGAUGAUACUUUGGCCUAUGAUCUGGAGUUCUAA